GGCAGUGGGGUGUUUGUUCCCCAGAGCAGGCCAGCUGCUGGCUUUGCUGCUCCCUUAGAGCCACCUCGGCCAUCUCCGACCCAGGGGCUUAGCCCACAGGCAGCUGCGGUGCGUGGGCCGGGAGCAGGCAGGCAAGUGGGCAGGCAGACAGGCAGCAGGACACUCGAAAACUGUCUCUGGCCAGGGCUAGGUGUCUCCCCAGAGGACACGAAGACCACGGAUAUCGUCCCUCCUGCCUUUUGAUGAUUUAGACAUGGCUGGAGAGCCCAGGCCUGGCCCCACCCAGCCAGGCCAGAAGAGGCAGCCGGGCACAGCCAUCUCCUGGAUGAUCCUCCCACCACCGGAAUCAGCAAUCGGCAUCCCUGCUGUGUGUCCAGGCCGCCCGUCCGGACCUCCUGAAGCCAGAAAGCGGAGGCGAGGAUGGCCGGAAAUUUCACUAACCGGCCUGUGGGGCGUCUCAGGAUGAAGGGGAACUCCCUCCCUUCGCCCCCAACGUCCUCCAUUCUGACCCAGUAGCCUUACAGGCCUCGCCCCUCGUGGGCUGGGCCUGAGCUGGGGACGCACAGCACCAGAAAGUUGUUUUAGAAGCUGUAUUGCCGCCGCGUGUAUCCCCUCCCCUGAUCCUUAUCCCCCGUUCCAGCCCCGGGUGCAGAUGGCACCCGAAGCUCCUGUAGCUGUGUCCCCACAGAGCCUCCCUGCCCAGGCGGGUGCUUAAUUCUCUUUGCACCCAUCUCCACAUCCUUCCUAGGCACCAAUUCCCUGCCUGGAGAUGCAUGGUACAUGAGAGAAGGGGGAGAGGCCGGGCAGCGAGAGUCUGGGACUUUCCAGACUCCUGCUCUCUCCCAAGGACUGGAGCAAAGAGGAAGGCGGCCUGGCCACAGCCUUAAUCCUGCCUGGCUGGCCCUGCCAGUCAGUGCUGGGCCACAUCCUGGCAAUCCCAACCAAGGAUUAAAGGCUCUCACACCCCCACUGUGGCUUUGGGCCCUGACUUAACUCUUUCCUUUCAUCCUUUGCCAGACUACGAUCCAGAACAUCAGCUGUUCCUGGGUCAGGCAGAGGAACUUUUGGAGAGCCCUGAUCUGGCCGGCCAGAAGGCUGCAGGCGAUUGACCCCUCCUGCCCACCGGGGCCACCUGACAGAUACCCCUUAUUAGAGGCCAGACAUGGGGAAGCUGGUUUGCUGUGUUCUCUCAAAGUGGCCUUGGUCAAGUCCCUAAGGCCUCUUCCAAUGGAGAAUUCUGGGAUUCUAAGGAAAAGUUGCACACCUCAGUUUCUUCAAGUUAAAUGGGUCUGGGAAAGGACUCUGGCCAUGAAGAAUGACCCCUUCCCCAUUUGUCUCUGUUGCAGCAGCAGUAACUAUGACCUGGACUACAAGCUGUACAGGGAAGAUGUCCCCUACCGUAGCGUGUAUGAAUGCCAAAGAAUCCCUCCACUCAUUAACCGCGUGCCUGUCAAGAUCCGGAGGACCCAGGUGGGCAUGGGGAUCAAGACCAGCUGCAGUCCCCACAAGGGCCCCAGGAAGAGCCACCUGCCCCAAGAGCAAAUAAAGCUCCAGACCGAGGAGCUGCACUCCAUCAGGGGGGAGCUAAGCCAGAUCAAAGCCCAGGUGGACCGUCUGUUGGAGACUCUGGAGCGCAUGGACCAGCAGAGGGACCAGCUUCUGGGUCAAGCACCUCCAACUGGGGGCCCAGCCUGCACUCCAAGGUCAGAGGCCAGUGAAGAAAACAGGGCCCUGGUGAGUAAGAGGUCCUCAUGCAGAAACACUGAAGCCAAGCAGGAGUCCAGGGGCCAGAGGCCCCAUCCAGAAGCAGACAGCCCCGAGGACAGCACAGACCCAGAGGAGGCAGUGAAGAAUCAUGCAUCAGACCAGGAGGGCAGUCAGUAGAAGAGUGGAACCCCUCCCGGCUCCUUCCCAGGCUUCCUUCCUCGCCUCGUAUGAUUUUUGGAAGGCCUCCUGGUGGCACUUGUGCAACCAGAGGCACCCGUUUUGGAAUGAGGACAAUGAAGUGGAAGCCUCUCCAUAAUGGUGGCUUUUGCUUUGGAGGCCAAGCUUCCAGACACUCGGGGGCUGAGAGGGAGGCCUGCAACUGCCUAGCACAUGCUCACCAUCCUCAUGAGGCUGAGGCCCAGUCUUGCAAGGGGCAGCUGAACAGGCCCCUGCCUUGGGAGCACCUCAGCCCCUCUGACUGCAAGCACUGCUUUGGCUGCUUUUCCCUCCUCUCCAGGUCCUGCCAGUUCCAAGUGUGGAGCAUCCUGCAGCCACCAGCCCCGCUUUCCCAGUUCCAGUGAUGCACAGGAAGAUCCACUCAAGUUCUACAGUCCCCUUCCGGUCUUUAAGCUCCUCGGUGUGUGUCCCACAUAACCCACCUUUGGUUCCAGACUGCCCACCCACCCUAUAAAGCCCUCAUUCAGAAUAGGGGUAUCAUUUUUAUGUCCUGUUUCUAUCUUGUCUCUCGCUUGACACUGUGUAUUUCAGACCUGCUCUGGAAAUGCUGUAAUGUCAAAGGGGAAAAAUAAAAUUUGUAUAUUUCCCUGGUCA